CAACACUACACUACAGAACACAAGCAUUAUUAACUCCGUGAGGAAACGGCGUGUGACCGACGAGACCUCACGCACACACACACACACUCCUCUGCGUACAUAUAAAACCCACGCGACAGCAACACCCCCCACUACUUCCAUUAUUUCUUCUCCUUCUUCUCCAAUCUCCUCUCUCUCUCUCUCUCUUCUUCCUACCAUCCUCAGAUCCCUACUCCAAAUUGAAAUGGCUAUAGAAGAUACAGAGAUUUGUGUCAUCAAGGAGCCCGAUCGUGUUGUAGUCUAUUCGGAUGGCAUUUCCAAUGACUCAGGUCAUGAAGCCCUAACCGAUAAUAUUACUGAGUCAUAUGAGCAUAUCAACGAGACUAAUGAACAUCAUAGCUCCGAGGAGAGCACGAAGGAAUAUGAGGUGAAGGAAUGUACGACAGAAGUUCCUGUUAAGAUCCCUGAUGUCUCUAAUGCUAAAAUAUCUGAUGGGAAGUUAACUUCAGGUUUUGAGGGUGUCCAUAGGGAGAAAAGUUUAAAAGCAAACAAAACAAAGGGUAAUCAUAAGCCCCGAGAUAAUGUGAUGGGAAAUCUUCAUAGCAAGUGUACAGGUAGUGUUCAAAUCAAGGCCACGGUUCCACAGCCAUUUUCCCUAGCCACUGAGAAGCGUGCUGUAGUUGGAAUGCGUCCGAAUUUCGGAGAAGAUAACAAGAGCAGUAACCAGAGAAAAUCUGUAAAUAAAAGAAAUAUUCUGUCUCCCAAUGUAUUUAAACAGAAUCAGUUGAAAUCACCUGUAGUUCUGAGAAAACCAUUGGAACCAGAUAACAAGAAGCAUCCUGAAGAGGACGAUUCUUGUUCAGUUGCUUCUAUAACUUCUGCUUCUGCACGAUCAAUCAAGGCGAGGACAACUGUUGCUUCUGCGCCAAUGUUUCGGUCAACUGAACGUGCAGAAAAAAGGAAGGAGUUCAAUUCAAGAUUAGAGGAAAAACUCCAAGCAAUGGAAGCUGAGAAGAACAAAAAUGAGGAAAGGACCAAGGAAGAGAAGGAGGAAGCUAUCAGGAAGCUGAGGAAGAGUUUAAUGUUUAAAGCAAGCCCUAUGCCAAGUUUUUACCAUGAGGGGCCUCCACCUAAGGCUGAAUUGAAGAAGAUGCCACCAACACGUGCAAAAUCUCCAAAACUGGGUCGGCGGAAGAGCAACAAUGGUAAGGUUAAUAGUUACGAAGGGGAUAAGGUCAAAGAAGCCACUGCUCGGAGAAGGCACCAGGCACCAUCAAGCGACAAUGAUGCUAGUACAGACAAUGUCGAUGAUAGAACUUGCAUGAAGGAUGAAAAAGGCAUUUGUGAACUCGAAAACAAUGGCAAUCAUAUUGAGGAAAUUGAUGUGAGCAGAGUAACUGAACAAGUGGAAGACUUGGAUAUCAGUAACCAAUCAAGUUUUCAGUAAGAUUGGUUUUCCACCUUUUUUUUUUUUUCUCCAAGUUAUGAGGAUAUGGGGUCUUGUUUCUUGCAACUGUCAAGCAUGUUUACUUUAUUUCCUUUAACUUAUGUAAGCACUUGCUGUUGUGCUUUUGUGAAUGUAAUGUAAGUAGCUGGAAAUAUUUAUUCUGUAAUUUAUCUCGACUUCUCUUGCAGAAGUAAGUUCUGUCACUCAUAUGAGCUAUUUAAGAACUUGUUUGGUCAGCAUGAAA